GAUACUGGACGGGCCACGACGAGUCAAGGAUCUUAUGAGUUGCACAAACACUUGAGCAGCACGCCGACCAAUGACCAAGAACACGAUGCAUUGGCUGGCUCACCUCCAGAUCAUCAUGCUAUGCAUGUGGUUGGUGUGCCUUUCCAGCUCCAACGCCAUCAAGUGCGACACCUGUGGCAAGGAGUGUGCCAGCGCCUGCGGCACCAAGCACUUUCGGACCUGCUGCUUCAACUACCUUCGCAAACGCAGUGAUCCGGAUGCACUGCGUCAGAGCUCGGACCGCAGGCUCAUCGACUUUAUUCUGCUGCAAGGACGCGCACUCUUCACCCAGGAGUUGCGCGAAAGACGCAACAAUGACACCCUGAUAGACCUCGGUUUGCAGACCUACUACGGCUGAGAACUCCUACGAUCCCUCGAAACUGAUACCGAAAAGGACACUGACCUCGCACUACUACUCCUCUGAUCCCCUGGCUUUGGCAAAAGCUUGAAAUGUUUGAAAUGUUAGUUGGUUUUUUUUAAUAAAGGCGCAAACUUUGUCGAGA